AAAAGCCAUUCAUUGAAAGCGAUGUUUACUUUUCGGCGAUAAAAACGGAUCAAUUGAAACGAAGAGCGAUAACACAUCGACCGCUAUAAUGAACUCACUGUUGGCCAAGAGAUUUGUGCCGCGCGUGUGUCUGAUCCAGAGGACGGCCAACGUGUGGACCACUGCCAGACACGGCAUCAAUAGGACCGCAAACGCGCUCAUCAAUGGAUCGGACGACCAGAGGAUCAGCUCUUCGUCGGCGACGGCUGUGGUUUGCAAUAGAUUUUAUACGACAAUCACCGCAAGACAACGCGACCAAUGGCUGAGCAAUGGCUCUAUCGGUGGUAUGACCUCAGCUCUGGUCUGUCGACCUCCAGGUGUGGCGGCGAUUGGGCGCCGAUUGGCGCACAAACUGCCGCUCACUUACGACUUCAUCCGCGAACGGAUCCUCUUAUUGCUGAAACUGUACGACAAAAUCGAUGCGUCAAAGUUGUCGCUCGACUCCCACUUCUAUAAGGAC